UGUGGCGCGUGUGACAAUAGAGCUGAAGGUGAUCGCGGGAGCGGCAGCAUCACCGUAGCCUAUUGCUCUUCACGGAGAACCACCGAGAGCAGCACGUCGGCUCACAUCCCCUAGAAAGAGAUAUCACAAGUUUACCCACGACCACUUUGACGCGAGCUGGACUAACACCGGUCUCACUCCUCCUCCUUCUCCUCCACGCGUGGGCUGCUCGCGCUGGGGAUUGGAGAGCGGCGUUAGAGAGCUCAGAAUCCCCGCGUUCAACUCACAAUAACGGAUUCAUUCGUGAACGGUGGAUGUCAUUUCUCACUGGAAACCACCCAAAGGCUUUAUUCAAGCACCCAAGCGUCUCUUAACAAAUACGGCAGUUGUUCGGGGCUGGAUAUCCGUCUUUUAACCGCUCGAGACGCAUCUUACUCGGGAGAAAUUGAUAUCGCUGUGGUGGAGUCGGUACAUGCACUUUCACGCGGUCCGAACAGGUGUACGCGUUCAUAACUCCAUCCGGACUCCUUUCUGAAGGUCUGAGGGUCGAUCAGGAAUUUAUCACAUUUACAUUUUCUGCUAAAUCUGGACUUAAUCGCCAGUGCAGAAAACAGGAGAACUAUGGAUAUCAAAUGGCUCAUUAUAGCCUUUACGGCUGUGGUGGUCACCUGCUCGGCCCAGCGGCAGGUCACAGUUCAGCCGGGGCCCUUGAUUCGAACAGAAGGCUCUCACAUCACCAUCUGGUGUAACGUGACCGGCUACAAGGAAGGAGUGGAGCAAGACUUUGAGUGGUCCAUGUACCUUUACACUGCUCCUGAUAGAGAGAUCCGCAUCGUGAGCACGUCCCAGCACAACUACGCCUAUGCCUUGUAUGCCCAGCGUGUCAACAGUAAGGACAUCUACAUCGAGAGGCUGAGUGGAGACUCUGUCCUGUUGCACAUCACUAAACUGCAGGCCACCGACCAGGGCAUGUACGAGUGUUACACCCCGAACACAGACAGCCGAUAUCUGGGCUCCUACAGUGCCCGUACCAACCUCACCGUAAUCCCGGACUCUCUGGCAGUGGCGGCCGCUGCUCAAACCCUUGCCAAAGUGGAAGGAGACACCCUACAAUUGAGUUGUGAAGUCACACGCCAGACGUCCCAGCACACUCACGUGUCUGUGGGCUGGUUCCUGCGUCCCGCUGAUGACCCGAGUUCUGGUCCACGUGAUCUGGUCACUCUAUCACGGGACUUUGUUCUACGACCUGGUGGCCAGUAUCGCCAGCGUCUUUCCUCUGGAGAUCUGCGGUUGGACAAAACCAGCGCCACGUCCUACCGUCUCACCAUCUAUAAACUACAGCCUUCAGAUCAGGGAGAGUUUUACUGCGAGGCCUCUGAAUGGAUCCAGGACCCCGAUCGCUCCUGGUACGCCCUUACCCGGAAAGAGUCAGAGAAGACGUCGGUCAAAGUUCAGCCCACAGAUCGGGACUUCAGCAUCCAGGUGACCACAGAUCGCCGGGCCUACACGGCUGGUGAGCCGCUGGAGCUCCGCUGCACCAUUGACGCUCAGAAUGUUCCAGAGCGCUUCUUUUCGGUGUCGUGGGUCUUCAGCAGCUCACCCGUAGCCGUGAUCGGGCCCAGCGCUGUGCCUGUCCUGGGACCCAACUACGUGGACCGGGAAGCUGCCGGCCUCCUGACUGUGCGCAAAGAAAGUCCGUCCGUCCACCUGCUCAAGCUACAGCGCCUACUUCCUGAGGAUUCGGGGAAAUACAUCUGCAGAGUGACAGAGCGGGAAAAGACCCUCACUGGAGAUUUCAUCGACCGCAGCAAACGCUCCCGCAACGUUCAGAUCACUGUAACCCCGCUCAGAAGUAACAUCACUGUGUCCUUAUCCAGCAACACGUCAGAGAUUAUGGAGGGGGAGAGCAUCCAGCUGACCUGUGUUGUUGGUAGUACUAUGGGUCCGCUGUCAGUGACGUGGCAGUGGACAGAUAAGGAUGGAGCGGGUCCUGCUGUGAACGUGGCGUCUGUGGAUCGUGAGGGUACCGUCACUCCUGGGCCCACUUUUAGGGAGCGCAGCAGUUUCGGGGAGGUCAGGGUGGAGCGGGUUCAACCCGACACCUUCACCCUGUUCCUGUACAAUGCCUUCCCCACAGACGAGGGCCAGUACAGAUGCAGCGCCACCGAGUGGUCACAGAGUGGUUCUGCGCCCGACUGGAUCUGGCAGCAGAUUGGAGACGAAUCCGCCAUCAAGACCGUCACUGUGAAAUCAGUCGAAUCUUUCUUCUUCGUGUCAGCCUCCUCCCGCACUCCCAGUGUUACAUUUGGUGACUCGUUUGACCUACAGUGCAUUGUGAAGCCGCGACACAAUCCCAACGUUCCCGCUGCGGUCACAUGGCGAUUUCAGCCAGCAGAGGGCGACGGAGAGUUCAAAGAUUUGGUGACUUUCACACGGGAUGGCACUCUGCAGUGGGGCGAUCAGCUGCUGGGUCUGGGCACACGUACCACAGUGGAUCGUACGCCCACUAACACCAACUUCCGGCUUAGCAUCACCCGGGCUGGACGCAAGGAGGCCGGGACGUACCAAUGCGCUGCCCUGCUUUUUCGGAGGAAUUACGAUGGCACCUGGAGCACAGUGGCCAACCGCACCUCCAACCCUCUGGGCAUCAGUGUACUGCAGCCUGUGAGUAAACUGAAGGUGCACAAGUCCAACCAGAGUCUGCAGUUUCUGGAGGACAGCCGUGUGCGGGUCAACUGCUCUGUCUCCUCUCAGACCAGCCUGGACUCACAGCAUGCAGUGCUGUGGUACGCUCGCAAGGCUGAGGCGGGUCAGCCGGAUGAGCUUCUGCUGAAGAUUGAACACACAGGAGCAUUUGAGUAUGGUGCGUAUGCAGAAGAAGAGCGUCUGCGUAGCCGUGUGCAGUCAGAGAGACUGUCUCCCAGACUGUAUGGCCUCACGCUGCACCGCGCAGAGACCAGCGACUCUGGAGUUUACUACUGUCUUGUGGAGGAGUGGCUCAUGGACCCUGAUGGAGAGUGGUACCGACUGGCGCAGGACUCCUCCGGCUUCACACAUGUGGCCGUGAGACAGCCAGUGGAGAAGUUACAGGUGGAAGAGGCAGAAUCCAAUAUCACAAUACCUGAAGACGGAUCAAUCCGGCUGGGCUGCAGCAUUCUGUCUCAGUCCUCAAAAGACUCCCGCUUCUCUGUUUCCUGGUAUGUGUACCGUUUGGGCCAAGAGGAGGAGGAUGAGAAAGAGUGUGUCUUCUCCAUCGGUCAUGAUGCAGUGUUUGGUAAUGGGAACUGCAGUCCCACAGAGGAGCCUGGUCCAAACUCUCGCCUACAGUUUGAACGCACCACAUCUGACCUGUACAGUCUGACCAUCCAGAAAGCUCAAGCCAGAGAUGCCGGAAAUUACUACUGUCACGUUGGAGAAUGGCUGCUCAAUCCACGCAACGAAUGGUACCAACUGGCCACCAAGAACUCCGGAAUCACCAUUAUUAAUGUUAUGGAGCAGGUGUCUACAAUUCAGUCGGUGGUUUGUUCCAACGACUCGCUCUUCUACUUCGUCUUCUUCUACCCCUUCCCCAUCUUCGGCAUUCUCCUCAUCGCGGUUCUGCUGGUGCGUUACAAGAGCCGGAGCUCCAGCAAGAACCAGGAAGGCAAAAAUGGAGCGCCACUCCUGUGGAUCAAAGAGCCCCAUCUCAGCUAUUCCCCAACCUGCCUGGACCCUCCAGCCCUCAGCCUACACCCCGGCUCAGUGGAGUAACAGAGACACAAACACAGCCCCGUCUCACAUUUAGAGACUCGCUCAUCUACACUCUCUUCUCUCUCAGACGCUAUCUCUCUAUUUCCUCUCCUCCCCCUCCUCCUCCCUGAUGAGGCCACCAGAAAGUAAUCUGGGCUUCUAGCCUGGCCUGUCAAUCCGUCCAUAUGACUGACUGACUAAGACCUUCCUCAGUCGAAGUGUCCACGACUCCGGUGACUGCUGUUGGUGAUGCCUAGACAUUUGCUUUGCUUUCUUUUUCCUGAUCUUUUUUAUAACUAUAUCUAUAUAUAUGAUUUUACUUUUUAUUCAUGCUUUUUUUUUGUGAGAGCCUUUCCUUUAAGGUUGCAGUAUCUGUGAGCCUUGAUGUAUUUUACCCGACUGACGCCAACCUCCUUCCCCCUCUAGGAUAGAAGUAUUUUCUUUUUGCUUUUUUUCUCCUGUCUAUGAAGUCUGGUGGAAGCCAUUGCAUAUUAUUUGUUAUUUUGCUAGUGCCGAUUUUUUUUUAUUCAGGAGACUGGAAGGUCAUUGCCGGACCAUGAACGAUUUUAAAGACAAUGGUUUAUGGAUGAAGGAAGAAAAGGACAAUCUUUCCUCAUAAGAAACUUUGGAUACUGACAAUGGAUGUAUAUUGGUUUCUGUUUGUGCGCUGCAGAACUGUUAAAAUGGAUACAGAAAGCCCUCAUUGCCCAAGGAUACACAUGAACCCCAGCUCAUCAUCACUGCCAAAGACCAGUACAACUUCAAAAGCCACAAGUUCAAGGAUUAGACGUGUUUUAACAUCUGAUGUCAUCUAGCUGAAUAAGACAGUCUUGAUACUGACAGGUUUCCUCAUCACAGAUGCUCAGAUGUUUCUACCUGCCCUCAAAUACAGUGUCUAAUUAUCCUCCCGUUUCACCCAAGGUUAAGUAGAUCCAUUUAUUUCCUUGUCUACAAGCGUUCGUGUUUGUUUGUGUACUAUAUAUUACACAAAUGACCCCACAGAUCACCUCGGUGUCCUCACAUUUCAGUAAUACAAGGUUGAAUUGAAACAAAUGGGGGGCAUGAAGGGCUUUUCUCUCCAGAGUUUUUGACUUUCUUGUAAAAAACUAAACAAAAACGAUGUCUUGAAGGUAGACGGCUGACAGGACACUUUUUGUCUCGAGGGACAUUCUCAGUGCCAAGACCUUUUUAUCAUCAUACGUGCCCUGUAAUGAUCCAAGAGGAAAGUAAAACUGGCAGGCUUCUGCGUAUUUAUGAGUUAUGAAGGGAUUAGACAUUUUGUUUUAUAUAUAUUCGAAGUCACAUCAAGUGUUAUUCUUCUUCUCUUUAUGGGUUUGUGUUUGAAAUAUGGUGCCCGAUCUUUGUGUUACAGCUGAGAAAAAACAAUAGAUUGUGAAAACUAAAUGCGCCGUCUCAUAACCUGUAACCUGUGAAGACCUAAUAGUGUGACUAUAUCUCUAAAAAUAUCGUCGGUCUCCAUGAACACUUUGAAAACACUGCCAUGUUUUCCCAGUUACACUAAUCCUGUGUCAUUCAAGGAUCUCCAAACUGAAAGCAUUUAGAGUUUAGCUGUAGCGUGAAUGGAUUUUGGUAGAGCUUUGCUUAUUUUAUUUCAAACCAAACAUGGUUGUUGUCGUGUUGUCUAGUAACAGCGACACCAAACUGGAUGUUUCACUUAACACACAAACAUUGGAGACCUUUCGACAGUGUCAUUUUCACUCUGUUCUCACAGUCGCUCUCAGCGUGUCGUCUGGGUCGCUGCCGCUCUCAAGUGAUCUCCACAGUCAACCUCGCAGCUUUUCUGUAAAUGAAAUUUAGAUCCACUCCAAGCCUGUGGUCGUCUUAUUUAUUGAAUCAUACAACUCCUAGUUAGAAUAUGUGAACUUCAGAAACCUGCAUAGAGAGAAUGUGGCAGAAAUAGCAGUGAACGUUUAGGCAACUAUUAGGCUACUGAAUGUGCGGUGGCCUACGGGAAGUUAUUCCCAACCAAUCUGGCAUUCAAUCUUAGCUCUCUUUAUCUACUAAAUUUUGUUGAACUGUACAGUGCAUGAUGCGUAAGGGGGACAUUUUAUUAAUGUCUGAAAGUUGUGUGUCGUGACAUCAUGUCAGAUCAAUGGCAUACGCACUAUCGCCACCUUGUGGAAGCCCUCGCCGAUACAACUCAUCUGUUCGUUUGACUGAAGAUUAGCCGUUCUAACUUUUAAAGCCUUCCUCAAGCUGGAGAUGUGUAGUGUGGCAUUGAGUGUGAUAUUGCGGUUCUGCUGUCAUUCAAUCUGUACAGAAUUACUCGGAAUUCUAAAUAGUGUUUUUUGUAGUUCAACAUGCCCAGCUGAAUCAUAACGUUCUCACAAUGUUGUAAAUGCAUUUCGAGGGCUGCAUGUCAUGGCUGUGUACUGGCAGUAUAGCUGCAGAAAAACUAAACAAAUGACAAAAAAUAUUGUGUUGGUGUGUGUUCAGUUCAGCCAGUGCUGCUUUUUUUUCAAGUGGUGGUUUUUAUGUUCUUUUUUUUAAAUAACCAAAACGGUGCACUGAAUAUUUAAAAAGGUUGCCAUGUUGGUUUUUUUUAUGCUUCUGUGUUUUUGUUGUACUCUGUUUGAUUCUAUUGUGUUUUUUAUAUCUAUACUUA